GGUAGUGGGCAGACAGCGCUGAGGGAGCCGAGGACGGAGGAGGAAAACAGCAGCAGCGGCAGGAGGAACGGAGACGGACGGGGCUGAAGUUGGACUGCGCUGCCUCUGUGUUUUUUUAAUCGACGCUUCCUCUCCGCUAAAACCCCAACGCGGUCGGUAGAAGCCCACUGCAUUGUUUUCACGUUACGUCCGAUGAAUUAACACGUCGGUCAUCCUCCGCAGAAGCUCUCCGGGGUCCGGGACGAUGGAGGAGUCGGUGAGCGCCUUUGAGACGCAUCUGACGGCCGUCAUGGACAGCCUGAUCCGCGCCUCCGUGUGCGAGAUCAGCAAGCUCUUCCAAGAGACGGUGAACGAGUACCUGGUGGAGCUGUCCCUCAACAGGAAGGAGAACGAGGCGCUCAGGCUGCGGCUCAAGCUCACCGAGAGCAAGCUGAGGACGGAGCGCAAGUACGGGCUGGGCUGGGCGGCCGGCCGCCGCAACGCCGGGCUGGCCGCCGGCGAGGAGGUCGGGGGGCGGCAGCAGAAACGGAAAGCUGACGCCGCCGUCGCCAGAGGGAAGCUGAAAAAGGUCCCAGCAGCAGCCCAUAGCAAAGGAUGGCCUGAAGGUGUGUGGGAAGAAGAAGAAGAAGAAGGAGGAGGAGGAGGAGGCGGCGGGGGAGGAGGAGGUGGAGCCGGAGUUUUAGGCAUAGCAACGGGAGCAGGAGGAAGAGGGGGGAAGGAGGCCAGGGAGGCGUACCUCGUCCAGUUCCCCCGGGAGGAGGGAGACGAGGGGGAGAUGGCGGAGGACGAGGACGGGGAGGGCAGCCUCGGCGGCGAGGGGGAGGAGAACGCCGACAUCAAAGAGGAGUUGUCUCAAACUGAGGGCUAUCAGCCAGCUUCUCUGAGGCUCAUAAAGGAAGCUUUGAAGAUGAAUCCGCCCAACCAGAACCUCCACACUGGCUCAAAACCCCAGAGUGAAGACGUCUCGGAUCGCCCCCCGGCUCUUCACCACAAAGCGGAGCAGGACUGGGCCCUGAACCGCUCCGAGCCGUCAGACGGGGGAAUGACGGUGGACGAGCUCCGGGGGCUGGAGUCCGCGCUGAUAGCCGAGAGAGGCCGCGAGCAGGCUGCCAGGGCGCCGCCGCUGCAGCGUGACGCCGAGGCGGGGAAAGGAAACGGGAUGAGUGCGGCCCCCAAGUACAUCGGACUGGAUGGACUGGAGCAGGAAGGAGAGCUGGAUACUCAGCCUCCUGCUCUGCAGAGAGAGGACGACGUUCUACAAGCUGGCGCCAAGGAUGCCGCGAGUCCCGGAGGCGCCGAUGGACAGGAGCUGAAGCUAGGCUGGCCGAAGAAGCUGAGAGAGGUCGACAGUGGCGCCGCGAAGCCUGAAGAGGGCGCCGCAGAGCAGGCAGCGUCGGAACAUCUGGCCCACCUGUCCGCUCCCGGCAGCGUCGAGGAGAGCGGAGAGGAGGAGGGCGGAGGGGAUCUGCUCCACUUCUGCCCUCAGUGUGGAGGAGGCUUCCCGUCAGAAGCCGAGCUGGACGAGCACCCGUGUCCACUAGGGGGCGCCCACUUACAGGGCGGCGGAGCGGAAGGCGGCCUCUUCCCCUGCGCCCACUGCGGCAACACGUUCAGCCACGCCUGGGCCCUCAAGAACCACGAGUGCGCCUGCGCCGCCGAGCGGCCGCACUGCUGCGAGAUCUGCGGCAAGCGCUUCACGCACUCGCGCUCGCUGGAGCGCCACCACCUGGUGCACACGGGCGAGCGGCCGCACCGCUGCCCGCAGUGCGGCCGCUGCUUCAGCCGCCUCAGCAACCUGGAGCGGCACCAGCGCAUCCACACGGGGGAGCGCCCGUACGGGUGCGAAGCCUGCGGGAAGCGCUUCAGCCGCGUGGAGUACCUGAAGAGACACCAGCUGAUCCACAGCAGCGAGAAGGCCACGCUGCAGUGCUCCAACUGCGGGAGGGGCUUCUUCGACAUCGAGCAGCUGAAGAACCACCAGUGCUUCUAGAGCCGUCCGUCUGAGGCACAAAGUGGAAAUUAGCGGAGGAGUGUGGCCGGUGCUCUGCGUCACUCUCAGUGAUUAUCUGUGAGGCUAAAAGUGCACAUGUGGGUGAUUUUUGCUGGCAAGAAAUCAACUCUAAAACUCAUUUUAUUGCAGGAAAAUGAAAUCUCUGCCAUGUUUUUUUUUGUUUUUUUUUUUUUUGUGAACUCGUGUAAAACCUGAACUUAUUUAUGGGGAAGACUACAUUGUGAAUUUUUAUUAUUUUAGCAAUAAUAAUCCACUUGUAUUAUAAAGCGCUGUUCUUUUCCCGCCAAUAUAACCGAAGGUUUUGUAAGCUUUGUAUUUUGUAUCUUUGUGUUUCGGUCACCGUUACAAAAAUAAACGCCGCGAUUCAUCUGAAAAACAUUUCCCGCUUGGCUUUAUUUAAAGAUUCACGAUGACCUGAUGUUUGAUAUUUUCUACUGUUACCGUGUACAUUUGUUAUCAGAGUAUUUUAUUUUUGGCCGCGUGACACCGCGGCGGAAUUUGUCUUUGGCCAAUUUGGUUCACAUUACACAUAAUGAAGGCAAAAACUGACUAACAGGCAAUAAACAAUGGUUACAGUGUU